CUUUGACAGAUGAGACGAGCUAAGAAUUGAGAUCGCAAGGUUGUUUCUCUAUAAAUAAAAACGAUAGCUUAUCAACAUUAAAGAGCUAGAACAAGUAAUAAUCUUAUCGCCACGCCUCUGUGAUACUAGCGAAGUAUACGUCAUUCGUACAUUGGCUUCACAUUCUACUGUGAUUUCCAGCCACAACUUAUCGUGUCGAGAACGUAUCAGCGUGUAGUGGAUAAAGAUAUAUUUCAUAAGUAAUAACUAAACGUGGAUACCGGUAGUGUAAUCGUUGAAACAAUUUGAGUGGACUUGGUACCCAUAAUGUCUGUGUUAAAUAAUUUCACCGUGUCCAUUGCCAAGGGAUUGAGACGACUCAGACAGAAGGAACUAGUCGAAGCUUCAAACACAGCAAGCAGACGCCGCGGAGGCAGCUCAGCGUCGAAGGAUGUCGAACCUAAAUUGAAGAUGGAGAAAUGUUUGAUCGUCUCUAAAGUUACCAGAUAUGAAUAUGAAAGGCACAGCCACGACUACAUACCUGACGCGGAGCUGGAGAGGAUACUCCGAAAGCGAGGGUCUGACUUCGACACAAUGUUGUCGAACCACAGGCAGCAGAAGGCGUUCGAAGAAAAUGUAGCUACCAGCCUGAAGGAGAUGGGGCUGAAGGUCGAGAUGGCUAGCAGAUUAACAUAUAACGAAGACAUGAUCAAAUGGUGCGACGUGGUGGUGCCGUGCGGCGGCGACGGCACCUUCCUUCUAGCUGCUUCUAGAGUUAGAGACGCAAAUAAACCAGUGAUAGGCUUCAACAGCGCCCCGCACAAGUCGGUCGGGCGUCUCUGCCUACCCACUUGGUGUUCUAAUGACGUGAAGGGUGCGCUCCCACGCUCUGGAAGGGAGGGCCGGUUCCGCUGGAUGCGCCGCUCGCGGAUACGCACCACCAUCACCUGCGAGCCGAAGCUGAUCGACACCAUCGCGCCUGUUGACCUGCACACGCUGCACUAUUGCAGAUAUCCUCCAGUGCCAAAUACAGAAGAGAACCAAGAAGCUAGAGCGUCACAGCCGAACAAUCCAGAACAAAACCCUAAACUCGCCACUAAAGUACUCCCGUAUUUGGCUCUCAAUGAGGUGUUCAUAGGCGAGAGCGUGACGUCACGAGUAUCCCUACUGAGGCUACAGAUCGACAACGGCCAGUGGACGCACACGAAGAGCUCCGGUCUGUGUGUCACCACGGGUACAAGCACAUCAUGGCAUUUCAGUAUCAACUGUCUCCGUACACACUCCGUGCUGGAGCUGAUGAAGAUCUUGUCUGAAGACUUCGGCGUGAACCUGGACACUAGGUUGGAGAAGGCGCGCGAGGUCACCGAGAGAUACAACGAGAAACUCAUGUUUCCGCCAGGUAUGGGACUCGAGCAGCUGGCGUACUCGGUGCGCGAGUACAUAACGUUCGAGGAGUGGCCCGCGCCGCGCGGCCUGCGCGUGCGCGACCGCGCCGCCAGCGUGCAGGUCAAGAGCCACUGCAGCGACGCAGGUCUAGUGGUUGACGGUAGCGUCUCUUUCCCGUUCAAUGAUGGUACAGAAGCGCAACUCGAG